AUGAUGAACUGCAAAUUUAAAUCAAGUCGCUUGCCUUUGAAUCAAUUGAAAUCUCAUGAGUUGAGUUCAACUUUAGGGAUUGGAAUGACAAAUUUACAAACUUUGACUGCUACUGGUUUGCAUACUUAUUUGGAUAAUUACUUCAAAACAAUAACAAAGUCGCCCAAUUUGGGGCAACAAAAAAUAAUCCUGACUCCACGACAAAGUUAUAAUUUCCAAGCUUCCACAAUUAAAGUAAAUUUGCAAAAACACGAGAUGAUUGCUAAAAUAAACACAAAAAUUCAACUGCAACAAUCGCUUUGCCGCCAACACACGUCUAGUGAUAUAUCAGAAAAAUUAGUUUGA